CAUAUAUACUUGUGAAGUAAUAUAUAUUUCUUAAGACCUUUGUGUCAUAUAUAGAAAUUUGAUCAUAUAUAUAUAUAUAUAUAUAUCAGCAUAUAUGGCUCAACACACUGCUGCCAUUGCCAAAGGCCCUUCUUCCAUGCUCCCCACAUUGCUGUUCAUUGGGCUACUUGUUGUGGCAACCAUUGAUAAAACAGGAGCCCAAAUUGGUGUUUGCUACGGAAUGUUAGGCAGUGACUUGCCAUCUAAGCCAGAAGUGAUAGAUCUCUUCAAGCAAAACAACAUUCAAAGAAUGAGAAUUUACGACCCAAACCAAGAAGCCCUCGAAGCCCUGAGAGGCACCAACAUUGAGCUCAUUCUCGGCCUCCCCAACUACGACCAAAUGACCAGCCAAUCAGAAGCUGACGCGUGGGUCCAAAAAUACGUCCAGAGCUACGACAACGUCAAAAUCAAAUACAUCGCCGUGGGGAAUGAAGUCAAACCCGAUCACCAAAACGCUCAGUUCCUCGUCCCUGCCAUGCAGAACAUCCAGAACGCAAUCAACCAGGCCGGUCUCGCCAACCGGAUCAAAGUCUCCACCUCCGUCGACACCGGUUUCCUCGCCGACGGCUCGUUUCCGCCUUCGAAAGGGUCGUUCAGGUCGAACUACAGGGCGCUUUUCGACCCCAUUAUCGAGUUUUUGAACAACAACAGAGCUCCAUUGCUCGUGAACGUGUACCCUUAUUUUAGUUACAGCAGCAACACGGGAGAUAUUCGUUUGGACUAUGCUCUUUUCUCGGCUCCGUCGGAGGUGGUCCGUGAUGAUGGCUCUGGACUUGGGUAUCAGAAUCUUUUCGAUGCGAUCUUGGACACGGUUUACUCGGCACUGGAGAAGAUAGGCGGAGGGUCUUUGGAGGUUGUGGUGUCGGAGAGCGGUUGGCCGACGAGUGGGGGGACGGAGACGACGGUGGAGAAUGCGAAGACUUAUAACAACAACUUGGUUCAGCAUGUGAAGAAUGGGACUCCGAAGAAGCAAGGAAGGCCUAUUGAGACUUACAUAUUUGCUAUGUUUGAUGAGGGCAACAAGGACGGAGCAGCGGUUGAGAGGUUUUGGGGUCUUUUCUCUCCAAACAAGGUCCCAAAGUAUGAAAUGAAUUUCAAUUAGUUAAGGAUUUAUUAAUAUAUAUGCCCAAGUGUGAGGAUAAAUGAUGUCCUUUCAAUAUACAAAAAAAAUAUAUUAAUUUACAAUUUCAGUUUAUGGCAAUAAAGAUGAAUCUAAGUUAUUGGUUUCUUUGUAUUUGUUACAAUUGAGUGUAAAUUGAAGCACUUGUUAUUAACUACUUGCUUCUUAAACUAAUGAAAUAUUAUUAUUUGCUUCUUGUUAAA